CCCCCGUCCCAGCCUUCCCGGGCACCACCCGCCCCGCCAGCGUCUCGCCGCAGAGCAUCGUCGUCCGUCGGGCGCCGUCUGGGGAGAACGCCGCCGAGCAGCCUCUUUGUCUUCCUUCUCCAGCCACCAUGGCCAACAAAGGGCCCUCCUUCGGCCUGAGCCGGGACGUCCAGGCCAAGAUCGAGAAGAAGUAUGACGAUGAGCUGGAAGAGCGCCUGGUGGAGUGGGUGGUGGCCCAGUGUGGCCCCGAGGUGGGCCGCCCCGAACGGGGCCGGCUGGGCUUCCAGGUCUGGCUGAAGAACGGCAUCGUCCUGAGCAAGCUGGUCAACAGCCUUUACCCCAGUGGCUCCAAGCCGGUGAAGAUCCCAGACCCGCCUCCCACCAUGGUCUUCAAGCAGAUGGAGCAGAUUGCCCAGUUUCUGAAGGCUGCCGAGGACUAUGGCGUAGUGAAGACGGACAUCUUCCAGACUGUCGAUCUGUUUGAAGCCAAGGACAUGGCAGCUGUGCAGAGGACACUGGUGGCUUUGGGCAGCCUGGCGGUGACCAAGGAUGAUGGGCAGUAUCGUGGAGACCCCAGCUGGUUCAUGAAGAAAGCGCAGGAGAACAAGCGGGACUUUUCGGACAGCCAGCUCAAGCAGGGCAAAAAUGUCAUCGGGCUACAGAUGGGGUCCAACCAGGGAGCCUCGCAGGCGGGCAUGACAGGCUACGGGCGGCCCCGGCAGAUCAUCAGCUAAAGCAGGAUCAGCACUGCCAUCAGCCCCCACCCCACCCCCACCCCACAAGCACCAGCAGAAACGGCCCUCUGGCUCCUGCACUCGCAGCCCAAACACCCUUCUGCCCCCCCACCCCAAGAAAUCCUCCUCCUCCUCUUGCUGCUGCUGCUGCUGCUGCUCAUGCUGCUAGGAUGGCCGGGCUGCCACGUGGCUCUUUUCUGGGAAACCUCCUAAAAUCACCUUAACCACGCCCCGGGAACCACAUGCAUCCGAGACCAAGCCCAAGGGCCCGAUGAGGCUGCCAGGGGGUGCCAGGGGCUGCCAGCCUUCCUUCUCGCUCCUUCGCCCGCCCUGCCUCCUUCCAGACGUCAUUUUGCAUGCCCUCAGCACCACCUGCGCCCCCAUUCCACAGCCAUGGCUUGGGGAGGGGUCCCAGUGGCCGUUAGAAAAAUGCUCCCCCCCCAAAAAAAAACCCUCCUGUCCCCAUAACCAC